AUGGCGGCUACCCUGGAGUCCUCCGUGGAGGACCCACUGCGGAACUUUGUUCGAGUUUUGGAGAAGCGAGAUGGCACAGUGUUACGACUGCAGCAGUAUGGCUCUGGCGGCGUGGGCUGCGUUGUUUGGGAUGCUGCCAUUGUUCUUUCUAAGUACCUGGAAACGCCCGAGUUUUCCGGCGAUGGGGCCCACGCUCUGAGCCGGCGGUCGGUGCUGGAACUGGGCUCUGGCACAGGGGCCGUGGGGCUCAUGGCCGCUACCCUCGGGGCUGAUGUUGUAGUCACAGAUCUUGAAGAAUUGCAAGAUUUGCUGAAGAUGAAUAUUAAUAUGAACGAGCAUCUUGUCACUGGUUCUAUUCAAGCCAAGGUACUGAAAUGGGGGGAAGAAAUAGAAGACUUGUCUUCUCCACCAGACUACAUACUGAUGGCCGACUGCAUAUACUACGAAGAGUCUUUGGAGCCAUUGUUGAAAACUCUAAAAGAUCUUAGUGGAUUUGAGACUUGUAUUAUAUGUUGUUAUGAACAACGAACAAUGGGAAAAAAUCCAGAAAUUGAGAAAAAGUAUUUUGAGCUACUCCAACUAGACUUUGACUUUGAAAAAAUUCCUUUGGAGAAACAUGAUGAAGAAUAUCGAAGCGAAGAUAUUCAUAUUUUAUACAUCAGAAAGAAAAAACCGAAAUCUCCAUCGUGAAAUCUUUAGUCAUCUUACCCAAGUCUCUAACAACCUGGGUAAGCUAAAGAUGUGAGUGGAGCAUGUGAAUACAGCAUGGGAAGAUUGUGUUCACAGAUUAUUCCAGCAUGUCCAUAGAGAUUUGAUAUAUAAAUGAAAACUACCAUGGGCUGCCUGCAAUUCGAAAAAUGAUUACUGACUGCCUGCCUGCCAUUGGGCCUGAAAUCCAACUUAGUUUACUUUUAGCUCAGCAUCAGGUUCUGCUUAAAAGAAAAUUGCAUAUCAGUCACUCCUCAAAUGAAAAUAGGUAUUGCGAUUUGCCAAAGUCUGCCAGAAAUAAACAGUGAAGCAGCAUAACCAUGACUUGGUGUAUCUUCAGGAAACCAGGGAUAAAUUGAUCCAAUUUCUAAAGAGAGACAUCUAUUACUAUGUAAUUAUGUUUAAAUUGGAACUAGUAAAAUUUAGUUGUCUUCAAGAUAGAUAAAUCUAAAAAAAGAUUUUUAUUUUAACAUAAUUCUGCAGUAGUUUUAUAUAUACCUUCCACUUCAUUGCCGUUAUUAAGAUAGCUUUAGUAUUUAAAUGUUCUUUUAUUUUAAAAAAAAUACUGUUUUCUAUAUUUAAAUUAGCCAAAGUUUUAUUCUUUUCCUCCACCAUACAUGUCUAUGUGAGUUGGAUAGUAAAUUAUACUGUAAUGAGUUGGUAAGAAUGAAAGUAAGAAAUCAGGAGUGGGGAAAGGUAUCUUUACAGAAUCUUCCAUUUGAGAAUGGAGUGAGAAUAAAAAGCCCACUUUCAGGCUUGUGCACUUAUGUGGCUCUUGCACUUCUCCUUGUGUGUAUCUUCUAGGAAAAUGACUAAAAUCACUGGUGUUUUUACAUGGAACAGAGAAAGGUUUUUAAGUAACUACACAUGUAGUUCUGUAUACAUUUAGCAAAUGAUUUUGGUUCUGUGUCGUCUGUUUUAGUUAAUGAUGGUAAUCAUCUGCUCAGACUCGGAUCUGUCAAGGACUUCAGUCAUACCAGUUGUGAAGAGUAAUACUAACUGGAUGGGAUUCUGGUACUUACAGGCAUUGGUGCUUGGUGGCACAUUUUAUGUAUUAAAAUAAACAUUGUUUUUGAGAUCCUGUGAUUUUGUGAAUGUUUCAGAGAUAGUUUUGAAGAAAAUGAAUGUCUAAAGCAGGCUUUCCAGCAAAAGAACCAUUCUUUCCUCCAGGCUUCCUUCAGUCUUUAAAAUUUGUUUUGCUGUUCUUUCUCAAAAUACAUUGUUCAUACUGCCCUUAGCAUUUUAUUAAGCAGUUUACGAAACAGUGUAAACUAAAUAUAUGGUACUUUGUUAGUUACAGAUAGCACCAGUUAUUAUCAGUGAAGUCUAUUUAGCCUUUUUCAUAACGUUGUAGAACUUGUAAAAGUAAGUCUGACAUUGACCAGCUAUAGUGAUCCACCCGGAUUCCUCAGAUCCCUGUUCACCCUCCUCCCCUGUUCACUAUGCUUCUAAUACUCAGUACCUCCGGGUCUUCGGCCUGAAGUGCUCCUUGACAUUUCUGUAUGAAAGCCCAGCUCCCAUUACCUCACUUAGGUGUACGUUUACACUCCGGAACUCUCUGGAGGAGCUGGGUUGAGGUCAGCCUCUACUGCUUGGUCAGAAUCACCCCUUUGCUUGGGCGUGCUUCCUUCCCUGUCCUAUUCCCACUCCUUCUUCCUUAAUAAGUCAUUUGCAUACAUUCAUUGACAUCUGUUCUAGAGAACUGACGUAAGUUACUGACUGCAGAUUUAAGUAAUUUGUAACAUUAAAUCAUGGGAUUUUUCUUUUCCUAUUCUGGAGUAAGACCAAAACAGACUAAAAGGUACCAAGGUAGCAAGUCUCCACGUUGUAAGAUCAGGGCACCACUGGUGGUUAGGACCCAUGAGCACUGCAGGGCUUACCGAGGGCUGCCAGUUCGUGGAACGCCCUGUCCCGAACCACCGUUCCACAGACAGCUGGGAGGCUAGCGGGAGGCAGUGUUGGGGAAUGGGAUUUAGUCCUUUGGGCUGUCAUGAGAGAAGGGACAGGGAGCAUCUGUACUCAGAAACCACGAGAGGGAGGCCUAAGGGAACACCUUAAGAUUCAGGAUGCCUUUAAGAAGGGGAACCCAGCAUUUUCUCCACCUGGUUGGAUUUGUGUUUACUCAGCAGGUUAGCAUAUCUGUGUUGCUAUUCCAGAGCACAGGAAUAGAAUUGGAGGGCGGGGGCUGCCAGGCAGGGAGGUAUUAAAGAUGGGUCCUGUCAGCCUAAGAGUUGGAGGCUGAAGGACGUGUGCAAUCACAUGAGGAAGUUCAGGGGCAGGUGCUAUAAACGAGAGGUGUGAUGCCAGGGACUGGGGAUCAGCCAGAAUGUAGCCAACUCUCAAACCUCCAGGGACUGCCAGGGCUGGGUUGCAGGGGAGGGGAAGGAGGGGUUGCCACUGUGCACCGUGAAACCUAUAGGCCCGUUAUCAGCAUGCAGUUGUCGCCAAUUAGGGAGCCCCUUUUGUAAAGCAGUGAUUCUCAAACUAGGCUGCAUAUGGAAUCACCUAGAAAAUUAAAAGCAAACGAAAGCCAUGUUCAGGUACCAGUUCAAUUAACUAAGAGGCAUGAAAUUUUUGUCAAAGGGCUCCAAGUGGUUUGGGUGUUUGGUAUAAAUUGGGAACCACUGCAUUCCAGCAUCUACUUCCCAAGAGAAAGAGAGCAGAGAAAAAGGAGGAGAAAUAAGAAAACAACCCAUCCAUGAUUAGAGUGGGCCUGUACUGCAUAGGGAAGGAAAGAGCUUUGAAUCCAAUGUGGACUGGUCUGUGAAAUAGGGUUUAAACAGGACUGAACUUUAGAAACUAUUUACCUGAAAAUUUAGAGAAUCCAACAAGGGGAAGGUGAUGCUACUCAAGAGGAAGGGGGAGGGGAGUUCGAUAGUUGGAAAAAGGAGAUUGCUGCAGGUCAGUCUCCAAUGACUUGAGUCUCCCCUGCAUACCAGUUAAAACUAAAGUUUCUUGAGGUUGCAUAACUUGAAUCUCAAUCAGGUAUGGUUCAUAACCAAAGUGUGAUAAACUUGGGAGUGAAGUUAGGUUAUUUUUAAUUAUUUUAGGAAAUAUUAAUCCAGAAUGAUUGUUAGUGGGAUUUUUUUUACACAGCUGCUGUUUUUUUCUUGCCAGAUGAUACCAAAUGCAGUAUUAUAACUCAGACUAUAAAUGCUCUAUUAAUUUAAAGAAGCGUGGGUUAUAGAAAUAGGACUGUUGUUCUAAAGUUUCCCUGUAGAUGGCAUUGCUUGACUUUGUCUUUAAACAGUUUAUAAAAAGAAAGUUGCUAAAAUAGAAUAUUUUGAAUUAGAAUCACACUUGCAUUUUAAAGGAGAACCAAAUUAGAUUUUAAAGAAUAA